CAAAGCUUGAAACUGCUAAUAAACUUAAAACUAAUCUUGUUUUUCAGACUGAAAACCUAGAGAAUAUAACAACCAUACCAGAUAUCAGAUUACAUAGCAACCCUUCAGCUUUUAAUGUUUACUGCAAUGUCCGCCAUUGUGUGUUGGAGUGGCAAAAAAAGGAAGCAUCUGUAUCUUUGGCUUCAAAGAACAGUGUUCAGAGUGGGGAUUCAGACAGUGAUGAAGAGGAGGAAUCCAAAGAACCACCUAUUAAACUUCCAAAGAUCAUUGAAGUUGGAUUAUGUGAAGUCUUUGAAUUGAUUAAGGAGACAAGAUUUUCUCAUCCAUCCUUGUGUCUCAGGAGCCUACAAGCCCUACUUAAUGUGCUUCAGGGCCAGCAACCAGAAGGACUACAGUCAGAGCCUCCUGAAGUCCUAGAAUCCCUGUUCCAGCUUCUUCUGGAGAUAACUGUCCGUAGCACAGGAAUGAAUGACAGUACAGGACAGUCCUUGACAGCACUUUCCUGUGCUUGCCUCUUCAGUUUGGUAGCCGCGUGGGGAGAGACAGGAAGAACGUUGCAAGCAAUCUCUGCUAUCCUCACCAACAAUGGCAGCCAUGCUUGUCAGACAAUUCAGGUGCCAACUAUUUUAAACUCUCUUCAGCGGAGUGUACAGGCAGUUCUGGUGGGCAAAAUCCAAAUCCAGGACUGGUUCAGUAAUGGGAUAAAGAAGGCAGCCUUGAUGCACAAAUGGCCAUUGAAAGAAAUCUCUGUCGAUGAAGAUGACCAGUGCCUACUUCAGAGUGAUGGUUUUUUCCUCUAUCUCUUAUGUAAAGAUGGACUUUACAAAAUUGGCUCUGGAUAUAGCGGGACAGUGAGGGGUCAUAUAUACAAUUCUACAUCCCGCAUCAAGAACAGAAAGGAAAAAAAGUCUUGGUUAGGCUAUGCUCAGGGUUAUUUAUUAUAUAGAGAUGCGAAUAAUCACAGUAUGACAGCCGUAAGAAUAAACCCUGAAACUUUGGAACAAGACAGUACAGUUGCUUUGCCAGAUUGUCAUACCGAAGGGCAGAAUAUCCUCUUCACUGAUGGAGAAUACAUUAAUCAAAUAGCAGCAUCUAGAGAUGAUGGCUUUGUAGUGCGAAUAUUUGCAACGAGUACGGAGCCAGUACUGCAACAAGAACUGCAGCUUAAGCUUGCAAGAAAAUGCUUACAUGCCUGUGGCAUUUCAUUGUUUGAUCUGGAGAAAGACUUGCACAUUAUCAGUACAGGGUUUGAUGAGGAAUCAGCUGUCCUCGGUGCUGGAAGAGAGUUUGCACUAAUGAAAACUGCUAGUGGAAAGAUUUAUUAUACCGGCAAAUAUCAGAGCCUUGGAAUCAAACAAGGUGGUAAAAAAUGGGUUGAGCUCCCAAUCACAAAAUCUCCAAAGAUUAUUCAGUUCUCUGUUGGACACGAUGGUUCACAUGCCUUACUUGUUGCUGAGGAUGGAAGCAUAUUCUUCACGGGUUCUGCCAGUAAAGGAGAGGAUGGCGAAUCAACUAAAAGCAGACGGCAGUCAAAACCAUAUAAGCCUAAAAAAAUUAUUAAAAUGGAAGGAAAAAUUGUCAUAUCUACAGCGUGCAAUAAUGGAAGCAGUUCUGUGAUUUCAAAAGAUGGAGAACUCUACAUGUUUGGAAAAGAUGCCAUUUACUCUGAUAGUACAAGUUUAGUAACAGAUUUGAAAGGCCAUUUUGUGACUCAAGUAGCCAUGGGCAAAGCUCACACCUGUGUAUUAAUGAAGAAUGGAGAAGUUUGGACAUUUGGCGUAAAUAAUAAAGGGCAGUGUGGACGAGACACAGGCUCCAUGAGCCAGGGAGGAAAAGGUUUUGGAGUUGAGAACAUGGCAACAGCCAUGGAUGAAGACCUAGAAGAGGAACUGGAUGAAAAAGAUGAGAAGUCCAUGAUGUGUCCUCCGGGCAUGCAUAAAUGGAAGCUGGAGCAGUGUAUGGUGUGCACUGUGUGUGGAGAUUGCACAGGCUAUGGAGCUAGCUGUGUUAGUAGUGGGCGUCCUGACAGAGUACCUGGAGGAAUCUGUGGCUGUGGCUCAGGUGAGUCGGGCUGUGCUGUAUGUGGCUGCUGCAAGGCGUGCGCUAGAGAACUGGAUGGCCAGGAAGCAAGGCAAAGAGGAAUCCUUGAUGCUGUAAAAGAGAUGAUACCUUUAGACCUCUUGCUUGCUGUCCCUGUUCCUGGAGUUAAUAUUGAAGAACACCUUCAGUUACGGCAAGAAGAAAAGCGACAACGUGUGAACAGGAGGCAUAGAUUGGAAGAAGGAAGAGGCCCCCUUGUAUUUCCUGGUCCUAUUUUUAUGAAUCAUCGAGAACAGGCUCUAGCCAGAAUCAGACCCCAUCCAGCACAGCUAAAGCAUAAACGGGACAAGCACAAAGACGGAAGUGGAGAAAGAGGUGAGAAGGAUGCCAGCAAAAUCACAACCUAUCCACCUGGGGCUGUCCGCUUUGACUGUGAACUGCGAGCCGUACAAGUCAGUUGUGGAUUUCACCAUUCAGUGGUUUUGAUGGAGAAUGGUGAUGUUUACACAUUUGGAUAUGGGCAGCAUGGACAACUUGGGCAUGGUGAUGUCAAUUCCAGGGGAUGUCCCACUUUGGUGCAAGCAUUACCAGGUCCUAGUACACAAGUUACUGCUGGGAGCAACCAUACAGCUAUUCUCUUAAUGGAUGGCCAGGUUUUCACAUUUGGAAGUUUCUCAAAAGGUCAGCUCGGUAGACCAAUUCUGGAUAUGCCCUACUGGAACGCAAAACCAGCACCUAUGCCUAAUAUAGGAUCGAAAUAUGGACGCAAAGCAACAUGGAUUGGAGCGAGUGGAGACCAGACUUUUCUUCGGAUCGAUGAAGCUCUUAUUAAUUCUCAUGUGCUCGCUACAUCAGAGAUAUUUGCAAGCAGGCAUAUAAUAGGUUUGGUACCAGCUUCAAUAUCAGAACCUCCUCCUUUUAAAUGUCUUCUGAUAAACAAAGUAGAUGGCAGUUGCAAAACAUUCAAUGAUUCUGAGCAGGAAGACCUUCAAGGUUCUGGUGUGUGUCUGGAUCCUGUCUAUGAUGUUAUUUGGAGGUUUCGACCAAAUGCUAGGGAACUGUGGAGUUACAAUGCGGUAGUUGCCGAUUCCAGACUUCCCUCAGCUCCAGACAUGCAAUCCCGGUGUAGUAUUUUGAGUCCAGAACUUGCUCUACCAACAGGUUCCAAAGCUCUAACCACCAGAUCUCAUGCAGCUUUGCACAUUCUAGGUUGUCUUGAUACUUUGGCUGCUAUGCAAGACCUAAAAAUGGGUGUAGCAAAUACCGAAGAAGAGACUCAAGCAGUAAUGAAAGUUUAUUCUAAAGAAGACUAUAGUGUUGUUAACAGAUUUGAAAGUCAUGGAGGAGGCUGGGGUUAUUCAGCCCACUCAGUAGAAGCUAUCCGUUUCUGUGCUGAUACAGAUAUUUUGUUAGGUGGUCUUGGUCUUUUUGGAGGUAGGGGUGAAUACACUGCUAAAAUAAAGUUGUUUGAAUUGGGUCCGGAUGGGGGAGACCAUGAGACUGAUGGAGACCUCCUUGCUGAAACAGAUGUUUUAGCCUAUGAUUGUGCUGCUAGAGAGAAGUAUGCAAUGAUGUUUGAUGAACCAGUACUCCUACAAGCUGGCUGGUGGUAUGUAGCCUGGGCAAGAGUGUCAGGACCUAGCAGUGAUUGUGGAUCUCAUGGACAGGCCUCUAUUACUACAGAUGAUGGUGUUGUAUUUCAGUUUAAAAGUUCUAAGAAAUCAAACAAUGGUACAGAUGUGAAUGCAGGGCAGAUCCCACAGUUACUAUACAGGCUGCCAACAAGUGAUGGCAGUGCAUCCAAAGGAAAACAGCAAACCAGUGAACCUGUGCAUAUUUUAAAGAGAUCUUUUGCCAGAACUGUCUCAGUGGAAUGCUUUGAAUCUUUAUUGAGCAUUCUUCACUGGAGCUGGACAACGCUGGUGCUGGGAGUUGAAGAACUUCGUGGCCUUAAGGGAUUCCAAUACACUGCUACUCUCUUAGAUUUAGAAAGGCUGCGUUUUGUGGGCACUUGCUGCCUGAGGUUGCUGAGGGUCUACACCUGUGAAAUAUAUCCAAUAUCAGCUACAGCUAAGGCGGUUGUAGAAGAAACCAGCAAACUCGCAGAUUGCAUUGGGAAAACUAGGACCUUAUUGAGGAAAAUUUUAUCUGAAGGAGUUGAUAAUUGCAUGGUGAAGUUGGACAACGAUCCCCAAGGAUAUCUCAGUCAGCCCCUCAGUCUUUUAGAAGCUGUUCUUCAGGAAUUCCAUAAUACAUUCACAGCUUGCUUUCAUUCAUUUUAUCCAACACCAGCGCUCCAGUGGGCAUGUCUUUGUGACUUGCUGAAUUGUUUGGACCAGGACAUCCAGGAAGCGAACUUCAAAACGUCCAGCAGCCGGCUUCUUGCUGCUGUUAUGUCUGCUCUCUGCCAUACUUCAGUAAAACUGACCUCUAUCUUCCCGAUUGCUUAUGAUGGAGAGGCAUUGCUGCGAUCAAUGGUCAAACAAGUCAGCACUGAGAAUGACUCCGCUCUGGCCCAUCGUUUUCCUCUUUUGGUUGCACACAUGGAAAAACUCAGUCAGAGCGAAGAAAAUGUUUCAGGGAUGACGAGCUUUCGGGAAGUGCUGGAAAAGAUGUUGGUUAUUGUUGUUUUACCAGUCCGGAACAGCCUUAGACGAGAAAAUGAACUUUUCUCUUCACAUCUCGUUUCUAAUACCUGUGGUUUGCUUGCUAGUAUUGUGAGUGAGCUUACUGCAUCUGCACUGGGAUCUGAGGUUGAUGGGCUGAACUCUCUCCAUUCUGUCAAAUCCACUCCAAACCGAUUCACUAAAACAAGUCAGGGAAGAAGCUGGAAUACUGGGAAUGGAUCCCCUGAUGCAAUAUGUUUCUCUGUCGACAAACCUGGUGUAGUUGUAGUAGGAUUUUCAGUUUAUGGUGGAGGGGGAAUUCACGAGUAUGAGUUGGAAGUACUAGUUGAUGAUAGUGAUCAUAGUGGAGAUUCAACUCAUUCUCACAGAUGGACAUCUUUAGAGUUGGUUAAAGGAACUUACACCACAGAUGAUUCUCCCAGUGACAUAGCUGAAAUCAGACUUGACAAAGUUGUGCCACUGAAGGAAAAUGUGAAAUACGCAGUUCGUUUGAGGAAUUAUGGAAGCCGGACUGCCAAUGGAGAUGGAGGAAUGACUACAGUUCAGUGUCCAGAUGGUGUAACAUUUACAUUUAGUACAUGUAGUCUGAGCAGCAAUGGCACAAACCAAACGCGAGGACAAAUUCCACAAAUUCUUUAUUACAGGAGUGAGUAUGAUGGAGAUCUGCAAUCACAGCUUUUGAACAAAGCUAAUGAAGAAGACAAAAAUUGUAGCAGGGCUCUUUCUGUUGUGAGCGCCGUUGUACGAGCAGCCAAAGACCUGUUGCACAGGGCACUUGCUGUAGAUGCUGAAGACAUUCCAGAACUACUCAGCUCUUCCAGUCUGUUUUCAAUGCUGCUUCCCCUCAUAAUAGCCUACAUAGGACCAGUCGCAGCAGCUAUUCCCAAGGUUGCGGUUGAGGUCUUUGGCUUAGUACAACAGUUACUUCCUUCUGUAGCAGUUCUGAAUCAGAAAUUCGCUCCUCCAGCUUUCAACCCCAAUCAGUCUACGGACAGCACCACCGGCAACCAGCCGGAGCAAGGGCUUUCAGCUUGUACUACCUCCAAUCACUAUGCUGUUGUAGAAAGUGAGCAUCCCUAUAAACCUGCCUGUGUUACGCACUAUAAGGUGACUUUCCCUGAAUGUGUCAGGUGGAUAACAAUAGAGUUUGACACUCAGUGUGGCACUGCUCAAUCGGAGGAUGUUCUUCGUUUACUAAUUCCUGUCCGAAUUGCGCACAGUCUGGGAUUUGGACCAAAACAUGCUUCUGUCCAUGAAAACCUUAAUUCAUGGAUAGAACUGAAAAAGUUCUCUGGAUCUUCAGGAUGGCCUACCAUGGUAUUAGUAUUGCCAGGAAAUGAAGCUCUUUUUUCUCUGGAGACUGCGUCAGACUAUGUGAAAGAUGAAAAAGCUUGUUUUUAUGGUUUCAAAUGUUACGCAAUUGGAUAUGAAUUUAGUCCAGGAUCUGAUGAGGGUAUUAUUCAGCUGGAGAAAGAAUUGGCCAAUUUAGGAGGAUCAUGUGCAGCAGCUUUGAUGAAGAAAGAUCUAGCACUUCCUAUUG